CACCUUUUUGUGGGAGCUGCUUGCCUUAUAACCCGACCAGCUCUCCCCUUCAAUACACCCUCUCAAGUGACAACGAACAGCCAACCCAGACAAUGCGUUUUUCCCAUUUGUGCCUCCUGGUCUGGGCCCUCCAGGCUUCAGCCACUAUCUUGCAGAACGGCCAGGUGCGAGAAGAUGCCUAUCCCGGUCAGGCUCCCGAGAUUUUGGUGGACGAUUCGUGGCGGGCAUACGGGCCGGACGCGCCAGAGAUAUCUUAUAAGGGGCGGUGGGACAGACAAUAUGUUUCAUGUGAGAGACUUCCGGGCAUCAAGCUCGGAUUCACAGGAAGUCAGCUGGCUUUGAGAUUCGGCUCUCAGACGAGUGAAGGUGUUCUUUUGGCUUAUCGAUUUGGUGGGCUGGACUGGAAAUUUUCGAACGUCACCACAAAUGCGAUCUAUCAGUUUGCGGGGCCAUGGACGGCAGGAAUGAAUUCGACACGAGAGAAGACAUUCGAGAUGCGAGUCCAACUCUCGGGUGUUUAUAUUGCUUCAGAUGGGGAGCUCACCAAAGCUCUACAGUAUAACAAGACGGUGGAAAUAAUCGGUGACUCCUUUGCUUCCGGACAAUAUGCAACUUACGAAGGGCUAUCCGCAUGGGCUUACAGCUUCGCUGCCGGUCUAGGCGACGUCGAGUACUCAAUCACCGCAUAUCCCGGAAUCUGCCUGACGGACAAGAGCUGCUAUUCCAAUGAGGCGCGCGGCAUGACACACCAAUGGUUCUAUGCCGCCGAUGUGGGUGCGCGCGCAGAAGCUACUUACGGAAACAACCCUCAGAAAUGGAACUUCAGCGCCCAUCCACCAGCCGACCUCGUCAUUAUAGACCUAGGAACAAAUGACCAGAGAAACAACGUCUCCGGCUCAGACUUCUAUGACAGCUACACUGCCCUAAUAAACAGCGUACACGAUACAUACCCACAAGCCGAAAUAGUCCUCAUGUCCCUCUGGGGCAAAUUCUUCCGCUAUGGCGACAAAUACAUCCAAUCGCCCUUCUACGCCCCCGACCUCCACCGCGUCUUCGAAAGCUUCCACGACCAGCCAUUCGUGCACUACUUCGGCACGAAAGGCAUCCUACAACACAACGACAUCGACCCCCAAGGGCACCCGACCGACGUCGGACACCUCAAGAUCGCAAGCCACCUGAUGCAGUGGACUAAAUUGAAGCUAGGGUGGGAGUUUGGCGCCACGGGCGCGGAGGUCCAGCAUGAUACACUUUACUGGAAUGAUCAGGCGGGGUAUCGCUAA